AGUGUCAAAAUUUUCGCGAGCAAGAAAAAUAAAUCUAAUUUGCUCACGAGAAGCAUACUGGUCCAUUUAUUUUAAUUUUAUAAUCUUUUGCUACUUUUAAUUAAAAAUAAAUGAAUCCAGUCUUAUUAGAAUAAUUCAAUCGUAGAGCUUAAAUUCAAAUCAAAAUGUUUCCUUUACAAAACAGUGUUUUGAUUCUGAUUUUCGUUUGUUUUCUAACAAAAUUAUCGCAUUGCGUUGAAUUCACAUUCGAGUUGCCAGAUAAUUCCGAGGAUUGUUUCUAUGAAGAAAUCAAGAGAAAUACAUCGGCGUAUUUGGAGUUCCAAGUGUCUGCUGGAGGUCAAUUGGACGUUGAUGUCAUGCUCAAAGAUCCACAAAAUCGAAUAAUCUACGAGCAGAAGAGGGCGACCUUCGACAGUCAUCAGUUCACUGCUGAGACAACUGGAAUUUACACAGCCUGCUUCAGUAACAAAUUUUCAUCUUUCUCCCAUAAGUUUGUCUACGUGGACUUUCAAGUUGGUGACGAACCCGCCUUACCAGGCAUAGACGAGCAUGCAACAGUCUUAACCCAAAUGGAGACAUCCUCUCAGUCUAUACACAAAUCCCUCAACGAAAUUCUCGACGCCCAGACCCAUCAUAGGUUGCGAGAAGCCCAAGGCCGCAAAAGGGCUGAGGAACUUAACGAACGUGUUUGGUGGUAUUCGAGCUUAGAAACGGCGGCGGUUCUUCUCAUUGGAAUCGCUCAGAUCUUUGUGCUGCGAAACUUCUUCACAGAUCGCAAGCCCAGUCAGGCGCAUUACGGAAGAUUGUAAAGUCAUAUAAUCUAAACAAAAAGUCAUAUAAGUCUCAUCUUAACCUAAUAAACACAAUAAAAUGAAAUCAAAAACAAAGAUUAGUUACUAGCCAGUUUCAGACAUAAUUUAAAUAAUAUUGAAUCGUUUUGUUGCAUCUUGGAACGAAGUUAAUGUAAGGGAAUUCACCUUAACACAUUAUCGAUUCAACUUUCGUUAGUCAUUCAUUUCUGCUUAUGCUUUUAUAAUUUUACAACAAAAAAAAAGAAUUGAAAAUUUGUUCGUGUAUUGAAAAAUUAUUAUUUGCUUAAACCAGUUUUCUUUUUGUUUGUUUACAUCUUUUAGAAUUAUAGAUAUGAUUUAUUAAAUCCAGCCAUGUAUAUAAAUAAAAACCACAUUCCUAAUCUCUGCAAGGCUUUAUUAAUAAAAUGUAUGUAUAU